UAUCGCAAAAUUGAUUCGAUACAAUAAAUACUUGGUAUCGAAUCAAAAGUAUCGAGUACCUACUCGUAUUUAUUAGUAUCGGAAUAUCCCUAUUGGUGUGUUCUAAAAAGCGUAUCCAUGCCGCAUUCCUAGACGAGAAUAAAUUAUAUUCGGGAUAGCGCCGUCCAAGCGCCGUCAGCCGAGGCGCGUUGGCUGGAUUGAUCAGAUGAAUGUAAAUAAUAUAAGAAUAAGUGGUCGGUGUCAAGUGAAUCAAGUGAUUUCUCCGCCUACUGGAACGGAUGGAAUGAAGUAUGAAGCCAUCAUUAUGCGAUUAGAGCAGUGCCCACGUACUGGGCUGUAGUGUGUGAUGCAGUAGUGUGGUUUAGCGGUAUGGCCGGAGAGGGCGAGCGCGCGUCACGGCCCAGCUCCUUGUUGCUGGAGGCCGCGGCGCCGGAGCGGGAGCCGCUGCGCUUCGACGUGCAGCUGGUGGGAGCGCCGCCCGAGGUGGAGCAGCUGGUCAACAACAUCAAGCAGGUCGCCGAGGAUUUUCUCUACCACUGGAAAACUUUUCCCAUCGUUCUCCCUCCGUCCCGUUUCUCGGGCGCCGGCAACCGGCCAUGCGACAUCAUCGUGGCGCCGCCGUGCGACGAGCUCGACGCCGCCGCGCUCGACGCAGGCCUGGAGCCCCACCCGCUGUCGCCGAAGCAGCUCCACGCUAUUAGAGAGAAGGGCGAGUUCGAGGUGCCGUCCCGCCAUUUCCCCGGGCAAACGCACGUGUGGCGCGUGGCGGGAUGGUUGCAGCGUGGUCGUGCGCGUUCGCGGGAGGACUUGUAUUGCCACGUGGCGAGGGCCGUGGCGCUGAUAGUCGUGGUGGCGAGAGAUCGAUUGCUGCGGGAUGAGCCGCUGUCGGUCAUAGCUGGAGCUAAGUCCAUGCUCAUGGGUUUGCAUAGAUUAUUGGAUCUCGCGUUUGGAAUGCCGUCCUUAGAAGCUCGUGAUCUCGAUAAGAAAAUACGCGAAGAAAGAUCUCGAUACUUAGUAGCUGAACUUAUUUGUAUGCCUGAACAUCAAGAAGACAUAGCGGCUUUGGCUGCUUGGGUGACCCGCGCGAUGCGUCGGGCCGCCUCCGAGAAGACUGACGCGCGAGAGGCGUCCAGGACCGCGCCUAGAGUGCCGUGUCUGUACACCACUCCUCAAAGGACACAGGUGGAUCUCCGUCUAUACCGUCGCGAAUUAACCCGCAAGGCAGCGGCGCCUCUUCAAGCUUUAUUGGAGCGUGAGGCGCGCGGCUGGUUCCUGCACUUUCGCGAGCGCCGCGCCGCACAGUUGGCCAGCCAAAAGGUGCCCUUAAAGGACAUCGAACAGGAAGUCCGAACAGCUGCGAUGCGCGAAUACGUGUCUCGAGUGUGCCGUGGCGUGUUGUCUUGCGAGCGUCUGCUGGCAUUAGGUCCCGACAUCCCACAAUUGUUGGCGCAACAACUCAGAGCAGCUGCCGUCGUGGACAGAGCCGAAGAAGGCGUCCGCCGUAAGCUAGAAGCCGGCUUAGCAACCGCAGAGGCGCGGAUCUGCGCAACACACCCGAUUUUAUCGCGCGCGGAAACGUGGCGCAAGGAGAGACUCGCGCUCGCGGCGCAGCGGCUCCGCGGCGAGCUCCGCUGGGCGGCCAUGGAGGACGCCGCCGCCGCCAUGCAGGCCUUGAAACUACACCAGCACAGAUACUUCUUGCUGAGAGACCUGACCUUCUUGAGGGAUCGAGAGCCGCUGCUUAUGAAGGAACUGCGCGCAGCCAAAACUCCCACUCGCGAAUUCACCUGGUCCACCAGGAUAUGGCUGCCUCAAAACUGGGUGGUCGUCCGCCACUUCAGGGGUCGCUCUGAGCGAAUCCCUACCGUUCUGAGCACGCGCGCCACGUCCAUAGUCACACCGCGGUCCGACCCGUCGCAGCCUGUGUUCCUGGUGGACAAGGAGCGGAUUAGGACCACUAGCACCAGGUGGCCUGGGUGGCGAUUGGUCAAUUUGGCUCACAGAACGUGGUGUUGGAGUUGGAAUCUGAUGUUCCUGCUGGGAGUGCUAGUGCCGUGGUGCUCGCCCAUAUCGCUACGGACUCUGUUAUGUGUCAGACCAUUCGUGCCGGACUACGAGCUUUCGCAGGUUAACGGCACAUUGUUCCCGAAGCGUAGCAGUGAAACACAGACGAUGUGGUCGCGAUUAUUGAAACUGUGGCGGCACAUAUCCAAAGAACGGACGCGGUUCGAGACUGAGCCAGAUACAGGUCUACUAGGCAAAGGCCUGAGCCGACAAGCGAACCGCGUGUGGAACUACGGAGUAGUGGGUGGGCUGGGCUCGCUAGGGCUGCUACUAGGAUUUCCACUGGCGGCACUGGGCGGCAGUGCUUUGUCGCUGGCGGCCGCUGCCACUGUGCCGCUGUGGGCGCCUCCACUGACGCUGGCCGUGCUGUGUGGAUGCGCGUUGUUGUAUGACUUGGACUGCCCCGACCCGCCAAGACUUAACAGAUUUCUAGUAUUAUUUGAAGUCAUCAUUUGGCGGAUAGUUAUCUUAGGAGUGCUCCAGCCCAUAGUAGCAUUUAUUGUUGCCGUAAUAAUAUGCCCGCUCUGCGCACUUCUUUUACUAGUUGGCGGCGUAUCGUGGUGGGGCGUUCGAGGUCUAUGGGAGCAGCUGGCGUGGGCGGCGGUGAUCCGGCGCGCGGCGCGCGUGCCCGCACACGAGUCCGCCUUCUGCCGGCGCGUGCGCGGGCCCGGCCUGCACACGCGCACCUACUACCAGAUCACUUGUGCGCAAGCCGUAGCAGCGGUGGUGGCUCGAGGCGAGCUAGAAUCUUUAUCGGCCUGGGCGAGCGAGCUGGAGCUGGCCAUAGAGCGGCCUCUACGGGACUACGCGCAUUUUGUGGACGCUUGCUUCGGGCCCUUCUCCGUGCAGAUAGCUAAGACUGGGGCAUACAAGCAGCUAGAAAAAGAAUGCAUGGAGCUGACGAUGUCGCUGCGAGAAAAAGUGUCGAGUAGACGGCGAGACUUAGCCUUAGGACUCAGCGAUGCCGCGCGAGCACGAGUGCGCAUGACCACGCAGGACCUUAGGAGAGCAGUACAAACAGCGGCAGCCGAGCUAUCGCGGGUUUUCAGCUCGGUGGCACGCAGCGAGGAGUGGUGGACGGCGCGCGGGCUCGAGCUAUCAGACUGGCACGCGCUCGCUGCCAACACACUCGUCGAGGUGUUCGACGCAGAAGUCUUAGUGGCGCUAGAGGAGAGCGAAGCGAGACUACCUUUAGAAGCCGGUGAAGGUGUGCGCGCGUGGGCAGCGCACUGCGGUCGAGACACGGCACCGCCUGACGUAUUAGCUGAGCGGGACGACUGGCGCCCUGAAGCUGCGGGCGUGUGGUGCGAGUGGGGCGGCACGCCGGCGCCGCGUGUUCCCGCGCCGGCCUUAGAGCUGUCGGCCUUCAGCCCGCGCGCGCCGCCGCACCCGCCCGUCCCGCACCCCGCCGCCGUCGCGCUCGUGCUGCACAACAGGGAGUCGGACAACCCCGUCCCGCUUGACUCGGAACUCUGUGCCGAGAUCCUGCGCACGCUCGAAGACGCGCCCGACUGCGACGACCGGAGAGAGUGCGUGGAGCGCUACCGCGGCGGCGGCAGCGACGAGGCGGCCAGCUCGGGCUCCAGUGCCGCCUCGCCCGACGACGAGCGCCCGCCACCGCCGCCCGAGGGCGUCUGCAGAGUAUCCCCAAGCACAGAACGCGCGGCGUGCCGGUGGACGCUCACAGGCCGUGGGGUCCGACUCCGUGCAGACCUGGCCAGCCCAGAAGACGUCACGCUCGACGCCGAUCGUGCACACGUCGGCACUUCAGUUUGAACCCUAUAGCUAAGUUAUAAGGUCUACAUCCAUUUGCAGCUACCUAUCAACUUAAGAAACAUUUGUCUACGCAAACCGCACACUUCGGCACUUCAGUUUGAACCCUAUGUAUAAGACGUAAGGUCUAAAAGCCGCUGGAUGCUGACGGAGCGCGGGGUCCGACUCCGCGCAGACCUGGCCAGCCCAGAAGACGUCACGCUCGACGCCGAUCUUGCACACGUCGGCACUUCAGUUUGAACCCUAUAACUAAGUUAUAAGGUCUACAUCCAUUUGCAGCUACCUAUCAACGUAAGAAAAAAAUAUCUACGCAAACCGCGCACUUCGGCACUUCAGUUUGAUCAAUAUUGUGAAGACGUAAGGCCUAUAAUCGGUUGCAGCUGACUUAUUAUAAUAAGCUGCAGUUAUUUUCUACGCAAACCGCACACUUCGGCACUUCAGUUUGAACCCUAUGGUAAUUAUCUAGGGCUGGUAUUGGCAUCCCUGGCCAGCCCAAACGACGUCACGCUCGACGCCGAUCGUGCACACGUCGGCACUUCAGUUUGAACCCUAUAUCUUAGUUAUAAGGUCUACAUCCAUUUGCAGCUACCUAUCAACUUAGGAAACAUUUGUCUACGCAAACCGCACAUUUCGGCACUUCAGUUUGAACCCUAUGUAUAAGACGUAAGGUCUAAAAGCCGCUGGAUGCUGACGGGUCGCGGGGUCCGAUCCGCGCCGACCUGGCCAGCCCAGAAGACGUCACGCUCGACGCUGAUCGUGCACACGUCGGCACUUCAGUUUAAACCCUAUAGCUAAGCUAUAAGGUCUACAUCCAUUUGCAGCUACCUAUCAACGUAAGAAAAAUUGAUCUACACAAACCGCACACUUCAGCACUUCAGUUUGAACCCUAUGUAUAAGACGUAAGGUCUAAAAGCCGCUGGAUGCUGACGGGUUGCGGGGUCCGACUCUGCGUGGACCUGGCCAGCCCAGAAGACGUCACGUUCGACGCCGACCGUGCGCACGUCGGUACUUCAGUUUGAACCCUAUUGUGAAGACGUAAGGCCUAUAAUCGGAUGCAGCUGACUUAUAAUAAUAAGCUGCAGUUAUUUUCUACGCAAACCGCACACUUCGGCACUUCAGUUUGAACCCUAUGGUAAUUAUCUAGGGCUGGUAUUGGCAUACCUGGCCAGCCCAGAAGACGUCACGCUCGACGCCGACCGUGCGCACGUCGGAACCUCCGUUUGAACCCUAUAUCUAAGUUAUAAGGUCUACAUCCAUUUGCAGCUACCUAUCAACGUAAGAAAAAUUGAUCUACGCAAACCGCACACUUCAGCACUUGUUUGUGUUUUAUAUAGGGGCUGUAUUUGUUCUCAUCAGUUAGUGUUACUCGCCAAUGGCGCCACUUGUACUACUUAUACCCCUCAUUGAUAGCAUUAGGUGUUAUUUGAUGGCACGUUUAUGACUACAUCAAAAUUUUUUUUCAGAAAAGUGGCACGUUGAUACUUAAAGGUUCGCCGUGCCUGGUCUAUAGUCUUCACGAACUUUCUUUACAUUUCAUUCAGUCGGCCUUAAUAUGCUAGUUUACGCAAAUUUUAUAUAAGGCCUAAAGUCGUUUGAAGUUAUUUAAAUAAUAUGUUCACAUAACAACUACUGACAGAUUGAUUUUGAAAUCUGCCCCACAGCCGUAAGGUCUGCGAUCGCUUGCAGCUACACGAAAAACAGUUUAAUUAAAAUGUCCGCCCAGGUCAUGUUGAGAAUUAAUCUUUUGACUAAUAAAUUAGAAUUAUGUCUAAAAUGUCUUCUCGAAUUGUAUGAAAAAAGACUUAACAUCAGCAGAUAAUGGAAUUAAUUAUAUCGGAAUUUACUCUAUUCUUUUUUAUUGUGUUUCCAGUAUUUAGAGACAGUUUUAUGGGCCAUGAAAAUUAGUAAUUCACUAUGACAUUGGUGACUUUUCAACUAUGUACCUUAAGGAUAAUAUAACGAUAAGGUAUUUACUUCGACGCCCAUUGUAGUUGCCUUGUAGUCUGCCGAGCUAUAAACGAUAGAAUAAGGACGUAUGUAAGUUCCAUAUUGAAUGGUUUUGAUAAGGCCGGUGUCACACACUCGCUUUAACUCUAAAUUAGUAUUGUAUCAUGUGUGCGCGGCCUAACUUCACUAAUUGAGUAGCUCUAAGGUUAAUACUAAAUAAGGGAUAGUGGCAAAGGGAUAAUAGAUAAGUAGAGGCUCGGUGGAAUCGGAAAUACUGCGUGUUGGCAAGACUUCUUAUACAUAGACGAAUUGUUUCCAUGACGUUUGAAAAAUGAUCUGAUUUUUAAAAGAACUUAUUAAUAAGUAAUAGUGAGUCUAUGGCAGCUUUUAGAGUAUUUAGUGGGUAUUCUCUUGACCACUGAGGGUCCAUAUUUGAGGCCGAGUCUAUCCACCGAUUUUCAAUAUUUUUAUCACUUUUGAUGACAAGAUGAAUAGAAUUGCCUACGUUUAAAAUUAUCACAUCUUUGUCAAAAAAGAAUUAUAAUAAACACUUACUAUUACAAAAGUCGUCCAUGUGUAAGCGGCCUAAGCUAUCACAGAGUAACGCGUUCAAUUGCUAAUUUAGGGAGUAGAGUGGAAUUGAAAAGACUCGGAUAUUAUACCUCGGAUCAAGUGCACUUGUCUCAAACAACGAUAGUGCGUAUUUAUAAUGCGGUAAGGUUGAAAGUUGUUUGAUACUAAGCUAAGAUAAAAUUAAGUAAGAUAUUGUUUUAGUGACCUGUGGGCGUGUUACCAUUAGUCUGUAGAAGCGACAGCAACGGCAAGGUAGAUAUGAAUGGAUACAAAAAUUAUUUUGAUUCGUAAAUAUUAUAUUUGAGAACUGAAAGUCAGAUCAAAUCAAAAAUAUUUAUUUAAUUUUGACCAGUAUUAUUAACGCAAAAAUUAUAAAUUAAAAAAAAGGUAACCAUAAGGUGACCCAACAUUUUUAAUUUUUAAUACGCUCGUGUGUCGACGUUCGUGCCUACAUCAUGGGACUUUCUCUUGAUCACAUCUCAUUCGUGAACCACAGAGUUAGCGCAUGCAUAAUAUGCAAAUGCCUUUAUACAUUUUGACAUUUAGUCGCCUCGCCUUUGCUUUACAGACCAAUGGAAAUACGCUCCACAUAACAAUACUUAACUCUUAACAUUUCAGCGCAUUGUUUUUUGCAUUUAUUUAGAUCUCCUCUCGAUGAAAUUUCGACUUUUUAUUAGAUUACUUAUUUAUUGUAGCACAAAUUGAUUGUUUAUAUCACGACGUAUACAAAAUUAAUAUUAAGUAAAUGAAUUUUAUUUAUCGUGGAUAUUUCCGGCAUUUAUUUUUAUACGUGUUUUGUCUGAACUGAACUAAAUUUAAAGUAAAUUGUGCCAUUCUGAGAUUUGAGUAUUACAAACUUUCUUUGCCAUAAUAUCAGAGUGCUUCUUAAAAUACUAAUACCACUUCCAAAACGACUAUGCUGUCUGAUGCAAUACUAAUACCUCUUGUUUAAUUUUAUUAAGUAAUUUAAUUUAAGUUUAUAUUAGUUAAAAUAUUAAGAUCUGAUCUUUUGAAGGCCAUUUUUUAAAAUCACAGACAACUUUUUGUCUGUAGAACAAAAUUUACAUUUAGGCAUAAUAUUUUCUAUGCAUAACUGUCAUUAUACCAAACUUAUUAUUCAGUUAAGCUGAGUUGAAAUGAUGUAAUAUUAAAUUGGCUUGUAUGAAAUCAUAAGCAGCUUAUUUAUACAAUUAUUUUUAGCAUUAAUUAGUUAAUAACCCUUCCUCCGAAAUGAUUUUUAAAUAGUUUUUUUGAGUUGUGAAUGUAUGAAAUGUAUAAAUGUGUAAAAUAGUGCCUAGUAAAUUAUAGUACCGUAGCUUCGCCGGUCUGUAAGUUAACGUAAUAAAGCAAAUAAGACGUAACGUGAACUGCCUGAACUCUGUAAAAGAUUAAAUAAUAGGUUAUGACGUAAUUUAUUUAAUAAUUAAGUUUAUGUAUGAUGUAACUAUACAAUUCUGCAAGACCUUUUUCCUGCAGAAAAUAAUUAUACCCUUCAUUUAAACGGUUCAGUUAUGCCGAUUUAACAUAAAAACGUUGCACUUUUGACUGUUACACAAAAUGAGUGAGUUAUACAUUACUAACUUAAUAUUACAUGAAUAAGUAUUGUAUUUAUACAGGGUGAAACGUACAACACUAUUCUAGGAAAAAAAUGUUUUUGUGAACCUGUUUCUUUACACCCUGUAUUUGUACAAACACCAUGCCCAUUUUCUCGUAGCUUAUAAUCACCACCGAAUUUUUAGGGUAAGUGCACCAAGUUGUUAAUUUCGUUUAUUUUAUUAGAAAUACCCCCAUCUUAAAAAGUGAAUUGUAUUGAUAGUAAAAGGAAAUUUCAAUAAGAUUGCCUUUAUCAAUUAAAUUUUAGAAACGUUAUUUGUCAUUCAUUUUAAAACGGAGUACAACAAACAUAUUUUAUGUCCUUGUGAAAACAGUGCUGCCACCUAAUUAAUUUUGAAUCAGUUUCAAAACUUGCAGAUUGAGUGUUAGUCAUGACGUCAUACGUACUUUGUAUGGUCAAGAAGUUGUUUCAAAUAACUCUAUUUUCAAUCGUAAAAUUCGUAGGUAUUUUGGAAACCAAAUUCCAUUGACAUAAUUAACUAUAUCUACCACUCAGUGUUAGCAAAAUUACGAAAAAUAUUUUCUAUUUGCGCAGCGUUGAUCGUAUUUUGUUAAUUUUAAAACAUUUGGUCGAUUGGUUCUCAUCAUUACAGAGAAUAGUGCCCAUAAGAGGUUUAAUUACAUAAUGUUCGAGUCAGAUUUAAAACCAUAAGCGAAUAUAUUAAGUAAACCUAAUAACAACACUCAACGAAAUUUACAAAAUUUGGAUAUUUUUAAAGUUUUGAAAAAAGAUACACAGAAAGUGUGUAAAUUAGUGAGUUGCGUAACGGUGAAACCGGAUAACAAAUUAAUAAAUAAUACUAUAAGUAACGUAAUAAGUAUUCAAUAAUAUUGCAUUUUUAGAGUAACUAGUGUUUGAAUGUUGCAAUAUGUAAGACCAUGACAAGUAAGCUUUAGUUAGGUUAGGGUAGGUUAGAGCAUUUACUGUUAAGUCCAGAUUUGAGUUUUGUUUUACCAAGUAAAUGGAUCGAUACGAGUACGUCUUGCAGUUUUCAAAGCUCAACAUUGGGUAUUUUACCCUAAUCAUUUCCAAACAUCAAUAAUAUCUAUAAACCUAUGCAGUUAAUUUUAUAUUCCAAAUCGUAUUGGAUUCUCUUGUGAACCAUUAAGGCAACUGUAAUGAAAUUCAUUUUAUGUGUAAUGGAAAUUGUAUUUCACGCAUGCGUUGUCUGUGCUCCUACUGCUUGGUUGUAAUGGUAGUAACGGAUAAUUUAGUUUUUCGCAGUUACUACUACAAUGAUAACUAUUUUUACGCGUAGUACUUUUAUAUACGCGAUAGGGCCACUACAAUUUAUGGUUGCAGAUACAACUUAACAGUAUGAUUACGGGCAACGAAUGAUGCACUUAAAAAUGUGUGUAAAUCUUCUAAUAUGUAUAAAUUUUUAACGCUCUCUGUAGAUUUUAAAGCCAAACAGAUAUUAAAUAUUAUAUUAUGAGAGAUUAUAAAAAAUCUGAUUUUAUAGUAGUGUAUAAAACAAUUUAUAUAGUAUGUCUAUAUCAAGGCCUAACAUAUUGAUUAUAUAAUUUGCUACUUUGCCACGCGGAUCGCGUUUCACGUUAGAGCCUUAAUACAAAAGGAACGGAUGCGCCUGACCUUAUCAUAAGAUAGGUCAUCAUCACACUUGCUCAUUUAUUUAUAUUAGAACCUAGUCCUAAGAUAACGUCACAAAUAAUGUUUAUUUUAUUAAUUUGUUAUUACUAAUGUUAUGUUAUAUAAACACAACCUGACGACUAAUAAGUUUAAAUGUAACCAAAGGUUAAUAAUCACUAGAUAGCAUCUCCAUAAAUGUACUUGUAACUGUACGUACGUUUGUGUGGGACACGGGCCGCUAUAUGGACGUGUCUCUACGUCCACUAAUACAAAUAUACAGUGUGCCCCAAAAGUGUCAAGCCGAAGCCCAGAGGUAGAGCAUCACUAGGGCUAUCCGUAGACCUUCCAAUCCAAAAGCCGAAACUAUACACCCUGUAUAAGUACUUUUCGGCUUUUGGAUUGGAAGGCAAAAGGUACAGGUUUAACGAUAAAUGUUAUAUUUAAUUGAAUUUUCACUGGUCUGCUAAUAGCUUUCAUUCGUUCAGUUGUUAUAAUUAC